CCACCACUUCAGCGGGUCGUUACAACCUUGAGGCUGCUACUUUUCAUGAAUAAACUUCAAGAAGAAAUUGUUGUACAAGAAGUGGUUCGAAACGAAUUGAAACAAACAGUAUCUUCACAGCCUAUAUAUGAGCGUUUCGGUGGUAAUGUCUUUUUGCCUGUCUCCCGAACAAAAGCUCUAAUGAAUUGCGAAGUACAGAAGAUUGAAAGAUGAAUAGUAUAGAUAAAGAGUCAAAAGGGAUUUGGCUUUCACCACAUCGAACCACAUACAUACAGAGGCUUGAAAGUAACAAAAAGGAUCAGUGUAUAUUGGAAAAAAGAGGGAAAAAAAUCAAGACAAUUGAUUGAGUAAAAACACAUAAUUCCUAAUAAUUUUCAUAAACAUUAAGAUAUUUCAAAGAAAAAAAUUGUUUUAUUUGUUUCCCUUUUCAAGGUCAUAACAUUUUUCCUACAUUGUUUCUUGAAUAUAAGUAUAAGUAUAUAUACACCUACAUUGAAUCCUCCUAAAAUGUGUAAUAAUAAGAAUACAAAUAAAUAAUGAAUAAA